AGCAGCAGUGGUAGGAUUCGUCCCGGUGUGAGGCGGUGCUGUCGGCGAGAGCUCAGAUGUACUACAGAUGCCUUCACAGACCUCAGCAGAGACUUCUGAACAUCUCACACACACUGAAAUUACCUGACUCGAGAGGAUUGCAUUAAACAGAUCUGAAGUCUAUCGGAUGCGCUCCUCUGGAAUGAGCCCUUGCUGACACCUUCCUCCUGGACUCUGUCAUCGUUCCUGAGAACAGGAGUGGUUGUUGCAGUAAUCAUGACAGCAUUGCCGUUCCGGGUCGGACCGCUGUCCUUCGCUGGACUUGUCAUCUUCCUCCUCCUCUCUCUGCCUCUCGUCACGUCACAGACGCCAUCACUCCCAGCGACCUCUGACCCUGAGUCUGUGCCCUCUCUGCCUGAAGAGUGCCGGAGGAAAAUGCGCCCCGUUACCUCCUACACAGCUUUGAGCCCAUGGCUGUCCUCUUUCUCUCUGCCUGGAGUGAAUGACUACUCACCGCUCGCACUCGACCUCACCAGGAACCAGCUGAUAGUGGGAGCCAGGAAUCAUCUCUUCCGGUUGAGUUUGAGCAACGUCUCUCUCCUGCAGGCCACAGAGUGGGGAGUAGACGAGAGCACCAGGAGGUCCUGCCAGAGCAAAGGAAAGACAGAGGAUGAGUGUCAGAACUAUGUCCGUGUCCUCCUGUUGAACGGCAGUCGUCUGUUCACCUGCGGCACUAAUGCUUUCAUGCCCAUGUGUACGACUCGCCCUGUUACGGACAUCUCCAGCGUCCUGGAGUCCAUCAGCGGUGUGGCCCGCUGUCCCUACGACCCUCGACACAACUCUACAGCCAUGAUAACUGAGAGUGGAGAAGUCUACGCAGCUACAGUGACUGAUUUCUCCAGCCGCGACCCGAUUAUUUAUCGCAGUCUGGGGAACAUGCCGCCCCUGCGGACCGCACAGUACAACUCCAAAUGGCUCAACGAACCUCACUUUGUCUCUGCAUACGAGGUGGGCCACUUCACGUACCUCUUUCUGAGAGAGAACGCAGUAGAACAGGACUGUGGGAAGACGGUCUUCUCUCGUGUGGCCCGUGUGUGUCAGAAUGACAUUGGUGGUCGUUUCCUGCUGGAAGACACAUGGACCACCUUCAUGAAGGCUCGACUCAACUGUUCCCGCUCUGGAGAUGUUCCCUUCUACUACCAUGAGCUGCAGAGCACCUUCUACCUCCCUGAGCAAGAUCUCAUCUAUGGAGUCUUCACCACCAACGUGAACAGCAUUGCUGCGUCAGCGGUGUGUGCGUUUAACCUCAGUGCCAUCACGCAGGCCUUUAACGGACCCUUUCGCUAUCAGGAGAACCCUCGGACCAGCUGGCUUUCCACUCCCAACCCCAUCCCAAAUUUUCAGUGUGGGACAGUGAAUGAUUCAGGUCCUGGCGGUAAUCUAACAGAACGCAGUCUUCAAGACGCCCAGCGGCUCUUCCUCAUGAGCGAGGUGGUUCAGCCCAUCUCUACGGAUCCUCUGGUCAUGCAAGACAACAUCCGUUUCUCCAGACUGGCUGUGGACAUUGUUCAGGGGAGAGACACGCUCUACCACGUCAUGUACAUCGGCACAGAGUACGGCACCAUCAUCAAGGCCUUAUCCACAACUAAUAAGAGUCUGCGCAGAUGUUACUUGGAGGAGAUGAGCAUUCUCCCAGAAAACAUGCAGGAGCCAAUCCUGAACCUGCAGAUUCUGCACAGCGAUAGGUCGCUUUUCGUGGGACUCCCCAGCAGAGUGCUGAAGAUCCCUCUGGAGAGAUGCUCCAACUACAAAACCGAACAAGAUUGUCUGGGUGCCAGGGAUCCGUACUGUGGCUGGGACCGGAAACAGAAGAGCUGCACGACGAUUGAGGACAGUUCCAACAUGAGCCAGUGGAGCCAAGACAUCACAAAGUGCCCUGAGCGCAACCUCACCCAGGAUGGUGGAUUUGGCCAGUGGUCACCAUGGCAGGCUUGUAACCAUGACGACGGAGGUGAAGGCACCAGCACAUGUCAGUGUCGCACUCGGGCCUGUGAUAACCCCCGACCCCAGUGUGGAGGGAUGAAGUGUGUCGGGGCCAACAUCCAGGUGGCCAACUGCUCCAGGAACGGAGGCUGGACUCCCUGGUCGUCCUGGGCCGAGUGCAGCACCAGCUGUGGCAUUGGGUUUGAGGUCCGUCAGCGAUCCUGCAACAACCCAGCACCCCGACACGGAGGACGCGUAUGUGUGGGUCAGGCACGAGAGGAGAGAUUGUGUAAUGAAAAGAAUCCAUGUCCUGUUCCGGUGUCCUGGGUCUCCUGGAGUGCUUGGUCCAAAUGUAGUGUUCCCUGCGGUGGUGGAAUCCAAUCCCGCGUUCGGACCUGCGAGAACGGAAACACGUGUCCUGGUUGCCCUCUGGAGUAUAAGGUGUGUAAUUUGGACGCGUGUGCCGAAGUGAGGCGGACCACCCCGUGGACACCCUGGUACCCUGUUAAUGUGACUCAGAUGGGGGCGAGACAGGAGCAGAGGGUCAGGUACACCUGCAGGGCUCUCCUCGCUGACCCUCAUGACCUUCAGCUCGGCAAACGCAAGAUAGAGACUCGCCUCUGUCCUACCAGUGACGGAGCUGCUGCCUGCGAGACUGACGGUCUAGUUGAGGACUUGUUGAGAAUGGGUCGACCUGUGACACGAGUGCAAGGAGCCGCCUGGUCGUCAUGGGAAACGUGGUCUGCGUGUUCCAAAGUGUGCUCCAAAGGCUUCCGCACACGCAAGCGCUCCUGCGCCACACCGGAUGGCAAGAGCACGCUGUUCGCCUGCAGCGGAGCGCCGGUCGAGUAUCAGGACUGCAACACUCAGCUGUGCCCAGUGAAGGGGGCGUGGUCAUGCUGGUCUUCCUGGUCUCAGUGUUCUACUUCCUGUAGUGGCGGUCACUACCAGCGCUCCCGUACCUGCUCUAACCCUUCUCCUGCUCAUUCUGGAGACAUCUGCAUCGGCCUGCACACGGAGGAAGCGCUCUGUAACACACACGAGUGUGAAGGUGGGUGGGGGGCAUGGUCAGAGUGGUCGGAGUGUAACGAGGAGGGGCUGCAGCUCCGGAUUCGUACAUGUGAAAUAAGCUCCGCCUCUUGCCAAGGAAACACCACAGAUCAGAGACAGUGUCGACCCAAUGAGAGUGCAGUGCUGUCAAAGGGACAGAAGAGGAGCAUAAACUGUGGAGGGUUUUCUCUGUUCCAUUUGGUGCUGACUGGAGCGUGCUGUUUUCUGGGAGCCGUUUUGUUGUCCGUACUGGUGUAUGUGUACUGUCAGAGACUCCGUAAACCCCCUCAAGAAUCCGCAGUUAUCCAUCCCAGCACCCCCAACCACCUUCACUCUAAAGAGAACAGCUGUGUGCCCAAGAACGACUUAUACACACCCAUGGAGUUCAAGACUCUGAAUAAGAAUAACCUGCUUCCACCAGAUGAAAGCUGCAACUUCUUCCCAUCAGCGUUACCGCAGACCAACGUCUACGCCACCACAUAUUACCCGUCUCCUUUGGGCAAAUACGACUUCCCUUCCAUGGAUUCACCUUGCAGCUACAUGCACAGCUGAUGCACGGACACACAUCUCAUGCUUUCUUAGGGCAGUGUGACCACGGUUACGCCCCCUCAUCCAUCCAUGCAGAUGCAUUGGAAAAUGCAUGGAUCCACAGGAAGGCUGAGCGCAUAAUCUGCAUCUCAAACGGUGCAGGAAAAUGCAAAGGAGUGAUGUUCGGAUAAGAUGGGCCCAUGUAGAUUUCUUGUAGCAUUUCCUUUCCUAAAUGUCAUCUCGAACUGGAAGUCACGGGUUCAGCUGAUCACAUGCGUCGUAAUAACUACAGACUGACACUCACAAAGCAUGCACACUUCUUACAAUGCAAAGGAGCAAGAGGAAUUCUGGGAUCAAGUUUAAAACUGUAUUGUGAUGUACUACUUUAUGUGCUGGCGUCUUUGCGU